CGUUUCCAACAAACCCCUACUCAAUUCUAUACUAGGAUUCAUCUUCAACCUCUGCUGCUGCAACUUCCACACCCUAUUCUACGACCAUGGCGACGCCGUCACACGCUAGAGCCGUCAAGUCUCUCAACAAAUCCCCUGGCCGUGGCCGUUUUAAAUUUCAGUCAGUCUCUGAGAGAAUAGAUGACAUCGAAAUCGACGUGUAUACAAGUCUUGAACCGAUCAAAGCUGUGCCGAAGGAAGGUUCUUUUUUCAGAGACUACCUAAUGGAAUGGAGAGAAUUGAAUACAACGGAGGAUUUUAUCUCAUUUUAUGAAGAAGUUUUGACUUGUACACAAACACAUUGCCUCGUGCUGUUGCAGAAGGAAUUAUUAAUCUCAAAGCUACUUUCUAGGUUACACAUGAAAGCAAGGCUAUCCCUUGAGCCGCUUCUUGGGUUAAUUGCAGCUUUAUCUAGAGAUCUUUUAGAGGAGUUUAUACCGCUAUUUCCAAGAAUUGUUGAUUCUUUAGUAUCUCUUCUAGAAAGUGGUGCUGAUAGGGAGCCAGAUAUAAUUAAGCAGAUCUUCACGUCAUGGUCAUGUGUUAUGAUGAAUUUGAAGAAAUAUCUAGAACAAAGCCCAUCAGAAGUGCUUAAGGCCACAUCAAAACUGAGGUAUUAUCCAAAGAAAUAUGUUCAACAAUUAAUGGCAGAGGCAAUGUCAUUUGUUUUGAGAACGGCCCCAUAUGAUCAGCUCAAAAUAGGAGUUAGAAUAGUCCUCGCCGAGGCAGUGAAGGAGCCAUCUUCAUGCCGAGAGUCUGGUGUUGGAUUAUUGCUUUAUAAUAUCAUGAAAGGUUACUCAUCAAGGCUCCAUUCGAAAGCAGAGCGAGUGUUACAGUUAUUGACAAGCGAAACAAUUUAUACCAUUGCUGAUGGAACCGACCAAGAGUCAAAAACCAUUUUGAACAUCAUAAAAUCCGUGUUCAAGGAAUUAUGCGAUACAAUGGAGCCCAAAGAGUUGAAUUUGGUAUGGACUUGCUUAUAUAAGGAAGUGCAUGAGUGUGUUAGUACUGGAAACAUCAGGCAUUUAAGACGCAUUUUAUCGGUGCUUGUCUCAGCUUUAAAGGAGCAAAAAGGUCAAAAGGUGUCGGAUUAUAAGCCUAUGCUUGAACUUGUCCUCUUGCUUGUGCGCUCAUAUGUCACAUCUUUGGGUGUUGCCAAGUCACAAGAAGAUACACGCUUAGUUGUUGAUGAAGUUUUGGAAUUAAUGUUAGCUACUCUCGAUGGACUCUGUAUUUACAACGAAUCAAUGAUAUCUGAGUGUGCUACCCAGUGGGCUCCAAUUUUUAAAUCACGAAGCUCAAGUUUGCUACAUUUCAUUGAAAAACUGCUACAGAAGGAUUCCUGUUUACUUGCUUUCAAAAAUAAUGUUAUAAGUGCAAUAAAUGAGUUAAUGGAGAUUUCAGAGGAGGAGGUCAUACAGCUAUUACAAUCCUUCUGUGAGAAAAUGCAAUUGGAUAUACAAGACUCAGACUUUGUAAACGGAGAAAGUGCAGACGCAUUAGUUAGGAUAUGCAAUAAGUUGCAAGGGACUAUCCGUUCUUGGAUAGAAAAAAUAAAUGAUAUUGCACACUCUGGCGUUUCUUGUGAAAUUGAUGAAAGAAAGUUGGCACUGCUGUGGGGAGUUGUGAACUGCUAUUCUUAUAUGUCUAUUGCUGACGCCGUUCCAUCUUUGUUGGUGCAUCUUUUGGAUGCGGUAGAUCAGUUUCUGACCGUUAAAGCUGACCACAUUGCAGAUAGGUCUAGAAAAGCAUGGGAAAGCAUUAUAGGUGCUCUAGUAAGUUCUUACAACAGAUUAUGCAAUGACAGUAACCUCGGAGCUUCUGAUGAAACCAAAAAGAUCUUAUUUUUUGCAAAACGAUACAAGUCAUCUUCACACGUGUUGUCGGCUGUUGCUGGUUAUUUGGAAAGCAAGUAUGGUUCUUCUUUGGAAGACACUGGGUGUAGAAUGUACCAUCCAGAACUUGAAGAAAUGACUGCAGAGGAAGUGGCAGCAUUUGGUGAUAAUUUGUGCCAUUCAGAGAAGGAGGUUCGAAUUUCAACUCUUAAAAUACUCUGUCACUACAAAUCAUUGGGUGAGAAAAAUUCCUCGAUGGAUCAGUCAGCUUCGAAGAAAAGGAAAAUCGAAGGUUCCAACACAAGAAAUAAAUCAGCUGCGAAGAAAAGGAAAAUCAAAGCUUACUCAACUUCCACUGUGGAUAACACAGGAAAUAAUCCUCUGCUGGUUCUACUGUCUAUUGAAACAACUCCAGUUUCAAAGGAUACUUGCAGAAGUAUCCAACGAUUGAUUUCCAAGAUACAGAUGGACUUAUCUGCUGGAAGGGUUAUUGAUGUUUAUGCACCUCUUGUUUUGAAUGGGUUAUUUGGCAUCUUGAAUAACCGAUUUAUGUCUAUCUGGAAUCCUGUAUUAGAAUGCCUUUCGGUCUUGGUUAGUUUGCAUUUUUCACUUGUGUGGGAUACCCUUACCGAUUAUCUGGAAAGAUGUCUAGCAAUAAGAGAGACCUCUAACAGUGCCGAUGGUGCAUCGUUUGAUCAGCCAGCUGGUUUACUCGGCUGUUUCCAAACAUUUGUCUAUCAUGAAUCUGAUAGCACUCCAUCCGUAACAAUAUUGACAUUAUUGCUGCAAGCCUUACAAAAAAUUCCAACUGUUAUUGAACCUCGCUCUUGGCAAUUCAUUCCUCUUUUUUUGAAGUUCUUAGGAUACAACACUCUUGAUCUUGCAAGUGUGGGAUUGUUUGAUUCUCAUGCUUGUAAAGGAAAGGAGUGGAAGCUGAUCUUGAAGGAAUGGCUAAACUUGUUGAAACUUAUGAAAAAUCCCAAGUCAUUUUACUUGAGCCAAUUUAUUAAGGAGGUUCUGCAAAAUAGGCUUAUUGAAGAAGACGAUCCUGAAAUACAGUUUAGAGUUCUGGAUUGCCUAUUAAUCUGGAAAGACGAUUACUUUUUACCAUAUACCGAGCAUUUGAGAAACUUGAUUAAUUUUAAAACUACAAGGGAGGAAUUAACUACAUGGAGUUUAUCCAAAGAAUCUAAAAUGAUUGAGGAAUCUCACCGAGCUUAUCUUGUGCCCUUGGUUAUUCGUCUUUUGAUGCCAAAAGUAAGAAAGUUGAAAGGACUUGCAUCUCGAAAGGAAGCAAGUAUUUCUCAUCGGAAAGCUAUUCUGAGUUUCAUAGCUAAACUUGAUAUCACUGAGCUGCCUCUUUUCUUCGCGUUACUGAUAAAGCCGUUGCAAAUAGUAGAGAAAACUGACGGGCUUGCUAACUUGUUUUGGACUUUACCUAUAGGUUGCACUAGCGAAUUUCAAGCGUCAUCUUUGUUAGAAUAUUUUACUUUAGACAAUAUUGCAGCCUUAUCCUGGAAAAAGAAAUACAGCUUCUUGCAUGUCAUAGAAGAUGUUGUUGACGUUUUUGAUAAAUUGCAUAUUAAACCUUUUCUUGAUUUACUGGUGGGUUGUGUUGUUCGAGUGUUGGAGAGUUGCACAUCAAGUCUUGACAACAUAAAACUGAAUGUGGCAGAAAAUCAAACAUUGAUUGGCAAUUCUUCAAAUCAGCUCAAGGAUAUGAGAUCUCUGUGCCUGAAAAUUGUUUCCUAUGUUGUCAAUAAAUAUAAGGAUCAUGAAUUUGGUUCUGAUAUGUGGGACAGAUUCUUUUCCUCUGUAAAACCCUUGGUUGAUAAAUUCAAACAGGAGGCUGCCAGUAGUAGGAAACCAAGUUCACUGCUAUCUUGCUUUCUGGCCAUGAGUGCAAACCAUAAACUGGUAUCACUAUUAUGUCGGGAAGAAAGUCUCAUACCUGAUAUAUUUUCCAUUGUUUCCGUAAAUUCAGCUUCUCAAGAUAUUGUAGACUGCGUUCUAAAGUUUGUCGAGAACUUGUUAAGCCUUGACAAUCAGUUGAAUAAUGAAGACAGUUCUGCCCAUAGAGUUUUACUUUCAAAUAUUGAAGUGCUAAUCGACAGCAUUUGUUGUUUAUUUGAAAGUGAUAAUGCAUCCAAGAGAAAACUGAUCAAAUCUCCUGGAGAGACAUUGAUUAGAAUUUUCAAAUUUUUACCCAAUUACAUCAAGGAGGCAGAGUUUGCCAAGAGGUUUGUGGGCAUACUGCUUCCAUUUUUGGAAAUGAAGACACAAAGUUCUGAUGUUUGUAUUGAAGUCUUGCAAGUCAUUCAAAACAUCAUACCCAUACUAAGAAAUGGAAGCACCAAUAAAAUUUUGAGUGCUGUUUCUCCUUUAUAUAUUUCGGCUGAGUCGGAUAUGCGUUUGAGGAUAUGUGAUCUCCUUGAUGUUCUUGUUGCAUUUGAUGCAUCUGUACUCUUGGUGGCCAAACUUCUUCGUCAGCUGAAUGCAACAUCUAGUUUGGGUUGGCUUGAUCAUGAUGUUAUUUUGGAUGCCUACAAAAACAUCAAUACCGAUUUUUUUAGAAAUGUUGAAGUGGAACAUGCAUCACUUAUUUUAUCACACUGUGUGCUUGACAUGUCCUCAGAAGAAACAACUUUUGUUUAUAAUGCUCAGAGUACAUUGCUAUCUUUUGUUGAUUUUUCUGCAUUCAUCCUUUUACAAGAGGUAAGCAGUGAGCAUGAGUUGUCUUUAACGCAAAGCACUCAUAGUUGUUGGACAAAAUCAUGCAUCCAGCGUAUUACAAAGAAAUUUCUCUUGAAGCAUGUGGCAGAUGCCAUGGAUGGACCACUCUCUGUUAGAAAGGGAUGGAUGAAGUUGUUAAGUCAAAUGGCUUUGAAGCUUCCAGACGUGUCAAACCUUAAAUCACUCACAGUUCUGUGCAAUGAGGACGGUGAAUCAAUUUUUUUUGACAAUAUAGCCGAUCCAGUGAUCCGUAAGAGAGUGAAGGCAUUGUCGCUGUUUAGAAAUGUAAUCAGUACAAACAAAUUAUCAGAGUUUAUCACUGAAAAAGUGUUCAUGCGACUCUUCUUCAACAUGUUGUUUGAUGAGAAAGGACAGGUUGACCAUAUGAAAACUGCAUGCAUCGAGACCAUUGCUUCUGUAGCUGGUCAGAUGGGAUGGAAGUCAUACUAUGCACUAUUGGACAAAUGUUUUCAGGGAGUAUCCAGGAGUCCAGACAAACAGAAACUCUUUAUACGCCUUAUCUGUUCUAUUUUGGAUAAAUUUCACUUUUCAGAACUUUCUCACACUGAAGAACCUAAGAAAGCUUUGGUUGGUGUUUCUGACAUGGGGAUAAGUGACGUUGUUUCUUCAGUUAAUUUAGGAAACUUUGGUGCGUCUAAUAUAAACGGAGAUAUACAGACGUGCCUCUAUAAAGUUGUGCUUCCUAAAAUACAAAAGCUGAUGGAUUCUGAUUCAGAAAAAGUCAAUGUAAAUAUCAGUCUUGCUGCAUUGAAACUACUCAAGUUACUUCCAGCUGAUGUGAUGGACACAUAUCUUCCAACAAUCGUUCAUCGAAUUUCAAACUUCUUAAAGAGUCGUCUAGAAAGCAUUCGUGAUGAAGCUAGGUCUGCAUUGGCUGCUUGUUUGAAAGAGCUUGGAUUGGAAUACUUGCAAUUCAUUGUUAAGGUUUUGCGAUCUACCCUAAAGCGAGGAUAUGAACUUCAUGUCCUAGGAUACACAUUGAAUUUUAUUUUGUCCAAGUGUCUCUCAAGUGCAGUUAGUGGAAAGAUAGAUUACUGUUUGGGGGAUCUCCUUUCUAUCAUAGAGAAUGACAUUUUUGGAGCUGUUGCGGAACAGAAGGAGGUGGAAAAGAUAGCUUCAAAAAUGAAAGAAACAAAGAAGAAAAAGUCAUUUGAGAGCUUGAAAUUGGUGGCCCAAAACGUAACAUUCAAAAACAAUGCGCUAAAGCUGCUUGCACCAGUGACUACUCAUUUGAAGAAACAUGUCACGCAAAAUAUAAAAGGAAGAUUGGAAAAUAUGUUGCAUAGUAUAGCUGCUGGUAUUGAAAGCAAUCCAUCUGUAGAUCGGACCGAUCUAUUUGUCUUUAUUUAUGGCAUUGUUGAGGAUGGCUUAAAGAAUGAAAUUGGUUGGCAUGAGAAUAAGUUGACAAAAAUGAAACAUAAGGAUAGCCGUACUAACGCUAAAAGAAUUUUUUCAGGCCGUGUAGUUGCUAGUGGCUUAUUAUGCUCACAUCUGAUAACAGUGUUUGGUAUCAGAAUAUUACAUAAACGUAUGAAGGGUUUGAAACAGGAUGUAAAAGAUGAAAAUACCUUAUCCUUAUUAGAUCCUUUUGUCAAGCUAUUAAGUGAUGGUUUAUACUCGAAGUACGAGGACAUAUUGUCUGCUUCCCUUGGAUGCCUUACUGUACUGGUAAACUUGCCUUUACCAUCUCUUCAAGUACAUGCCGAGAGAAUAAAGUCUGCUGUACUGGAUAUUGCCCAAAGUUCAGUGAACUCUAUCAGUCCUUUAAUGCAGUCAUGUUUGACAUUGCUGACUACGCUUUUGAAAAACACUGAAAUUUCUCUCACCCCAGACCAAAUACAUAUACUAAUUCAGCUACCAAUAUUUUUGGACUUUGAAAGAAAUCCAUCUUUGGAGGCCCUUUCACUUCUAAAGGGUAUUGUCAACCGCAAGCUGGUUGUACCUGAGAUAUAUGAUAUUGUUACUAGGGUUGCUGAAUUGAUGGUGACAAGUCAAGAUAAACCUAUUCGCACGAGAUGCCGUAAAAUUUUGUUGCAAUUUUUGCUGGAUUAUCGACUUUCACAAAAGCGCUUGCAACAACAUCUUGACUUCCUGCUCUCAAAUUUGAGGUAUGAACAUUCGACUGGGCGGGAAUCUGUUCUUGAAAUGAUUCGUGAUAUUAUAGGAAAAUUUCCAGGAAAUGUUUUGGACGAGCAAUCACAGACAUUUUUUCUCCAUUUGGUGGCUUGCUUGGCAAAUGAUAAUGAUGAUAUUGUCCGUUCUAUGAGUGGGGCUGCUAUAAAGAUGCUCAUUGGUUCUGUUAGUACCAAAUCACUUGAAUCUAUUCUUAAAUAUGCUCUUUCUUGGUAUUUGGGUGGCAAACAGCAACUCUGGGGUGCAGCCGCACAGGUUUUGGGGAUGCUGAUUGAGGUAGCGAAGAGUGAAUUUCUUAAAGAUAUAGACUGUAUGCCUUUAAAAAAGAAAGAAAGACCUAUAGACUGUAUCUUGCCGGUGACUUGUCGCAUCUUGCAGUCUGCUAUACAUGCAGUCACAAACAGGCAAGAGAGCUUUGAGUCCGAAUCCACCAUUCCACUUUGGAAGGAGGCGUACUAUUCUUUAGUUAUGCUAGAGAAGAUGAUUCAUCAAUUCCAUGGCUUAUGCUUUAGCAAGGAUCUAGAGGAUAUAUGGGAAGCAAUAUGUGAGAUAUUGUUGCACCCACACUCGUGGUUACGCAACAAAUCAGGUCGUCUCAUAGCUCUAUACUUUGCUCGUGCAACAGAUGCCAACAGAGAAAAUCAUCAAAGCUCCUUAAGUAGCUAUUUUAUGAUGACUCCUAGUAGAUUAUACCUAAUAGCCACUUCUCUUUGCUGCCAAUUGAAAAUGCCACUCAUUGAUGAUGCUGACAGCGACCUGAUGACCCAGAAUAUUGUCUUUGCUAUUCGUGCUGUCUAUUCUUUAAUGGGGCAAACUGCCAGCAUUGAUCCAUCUGCAUUCUGGUCUACUCUUGAGCAGAAUGAGCAGAAUCGAUUUAUCAAAGCUUUUGACUUGAUUAAUGCAAGAAAAGGAAGAAGCAUGUUCGUGUCUUCAUCACUUACCUCCUCUAUAUGUGAAGACAAUAGUCAACUUAAUGUUAAGAACACCCAACAUAUACUUGUAUCGUUAUUGCUCAAGAAAAUGGGCAAAAUUGCUCUUCAAACAGAUGCUAUUCAGACUGAAAUAGUCUUCAACAGUUUUGGGAAACUUAUGGCACAGAUACAGAUUAGUAGUAUGGAUGACUGCCUGCACUAUGCACAUGUAGUCCUGUUACCUCUGUAUAAAGUUUCUGAAGGAUUUGCUGGAAAAGUGGUAGCUGAUAAUCUCAAAAAGUUGGCAGAAGACACCUGUGGGAAAAUAGAGAAUAUUAUGGGCACUCAAAACUUUGUGCAAGUUUAUAACCUUAUUAGGAAGAACCUCAGUUUAAAAAGAAAUAAGAGGAAACAAGAAGAAAAGCUCAUGGCUGUUAUUAAUCCGAUGCGAAAUGCCAAAAGGAAAUUGAAAAUUUCUGCCAAGCAUCGUGCCAACAAAAAGAGAAAAGUUAUGACUUUGAAGAUGAGGAGAUGGAAUCGUUGAUUGAUGGAGGGGUCAUGGUUUUAGUACAACCAAGAAUCUUACCAUCUUAUAGAGAUUCAUUGUGAUCUGCUUGUUUGAGGAAAAACAAGUGGGUUCGUAGUUUUUUGAAGAUCACGAGCAAAUUGGUAGACAAUAAUGUGUAUGUCUCAGGAGGAAGACUUCCAAAGUAUGUAUUCUGAGUUUUCUGCGUGAAGUGUUUUGGGUAAUUCCAAGUCUUAUCGUUGUACAUUUUUAAGGAUUGGAAAAAAGAAGUACAAAUGGAUAGCACAUGGAGGAGAAUAUUAUUUAACAGAUUUUUUGACAUUCUUUUCUUAAACCUCCCAGUGUAUCCUUAAUUUUUGUAGUGAAUGAAAAAUAGGCACUUAGUUUUGUCCUAAUAGAAUGUAAAACAUAUUUUAUUGAUAAAUUUUACUUUAAUGAUAUAUAUUUUAAAAUGUA